AUGAAGGUGUAUCCUCAAAAAGCACCGAAACAUGAUCUACGCGGUCUAAGAAACCGUAAUAAUUGGAUUAAGCAACCACAUAUCAAAGCUAAAUCAUCAAAUGAUGGGCCGUUAUCAUUAUUAGCAACAAGCUUGCGUCACCAAACGACUGAGUUUUUCAAUAAUUCAACUUUACAUGGUGUCAGAUAUAUUGCAGAAAAAGAGCGCCCAUUCUGUGAGAAGUUCAUGUGGUUUAGUUUUACUGCUGUAGGAGCUGUUGCUACAUGUAUCAUUAUCGUGAGUUUGUGGGAAAAAUUUCAGACAAAUCCUACAAUUACAGGAUUGGACACAGAUUUUCACAACUGGGACGUGCCCUUCCCAGCAGUCACUAUUUGCGAUAUAAAUCCUGUGGAUGAGGAAUUGUUGCAAAAAUAUAUUGCAAACGUAUGGGGUUCCGAUCCUCCAGCAAAUGCUGACAAAAUGCUCCGAUGGCUAGCAACUCUCAGUUAUCAGUCUAUAGCUGACCGAGCUUUUGAAUUUGUCAAUAAUCCUGAUCUCGUCGGAAAAGUUCCAAACGAAGGUCCAGAGCCAGCCAUCAAAUCCAAAGAUGCAGUUUUUAAUAUUGUCAGGCGCUGUGAAUCUUUGUUUUAUGACUGUGAAUGGAAAGGUGAUUCGGAAGAAUGCUGUGCUUUACUGGUGCCCGUAUUUACGGAAAUGGGCUUUUGUUACGCAUACAAUUCACGACAUGCUGAAAAGACUUGGCCAUGGUAACAGCAAAUGCAAACUGAGCAAUUUACGGAAGCAUUCAUUCAUGAAACCGAUGCGAAAUGGUCGUUUUUGUUUAACUCAUACCGUAAUGAUACUACAAUCGAAAUUUAUAUACAUUCCACUGAAGAAAUGGCUGGUUUAGAACAAAACUCUCAACACUCUUGGGACCGUCGGGUCGAGAAAGUAUCUUUUUCAGUCAAACACACUUACACUACAGAGGAUGCGCGGCAACUUUCAAUCCGUCAAAGAAGGUGUAUAUUUAUCGAUGAGCGACGUCUAGAAACAUCUAAUAUUUACACGUACACGGCGUGUAUGAGGCAAUGUCGUAUGCAACAGUGUCAGUCUUUCUGCAAAUGCGUUCCGCAUUUCUAUCCUCUUAUCGAAGGUUACAGACAUUGUACUGUAAAGGAAUUGGAAUGUAUAGCAAAAUACGCUUCCGUUAUAACUGACGUAACUCGUUGUUCGUGUGAACUAGGAUGUUCACACACGGUGUACGAAGUUGAAAAACUUACACAAAUUGACGCGAGCAAAGGUCCAACUGCAACAAAUUCCUUAGAAGUUGAAUUUGUGUCUUGGCCAAUGGUGCGAUAUAAACGUGAGGUGCUUUUUGGUUGGGUCGAUCUUUUAGUUUCAUUCGGCGGUAUAGCGGGCCUGUUCCUCGGGUUCUCUCUGCUAUCCGGAGUAGAGCUAAUCUACUUCUUCACACUGCGAGCGUGUUGCGCGCUCGUGCGGGACAAAGAUCUACUGAGUCGCGAGCGCGCCGCUCGUCUGGCGAGACCGAAACCGCCGCACGACUUGAGCUUAGUGCCGUGGUGGAAGCAACCGCCAGCGCCACCUGGCGAACGACCUAUUAAACUAAGCGUGAAGGAAAUCCAGCCUUCGCAAUAUUCCCCUCCGCCUGUAUAUACUGAAUAUUUACCAUAAUCUUUUAUAUAUAUACGUACGAAGUUCGCUGGGUCAGCUAGUAUUCUAUAAAAUUUUUGUUAUAACAUAAAAUAUACUCGCAUUUUUGGAAUAGUAAUUUAACAUCUUAUACUUGCAAUUAGUAAUUUAUUAAAAGUAGUAAAAAAGAUAAAAAGAAAUUAAAGAUUUUUUUUUU